ACAUGGAGAGCGGCUGAGCAGCGGGAAGGGCGGAGGCGCGGGAGCGCAGGCGGGGAGCGCGGAGCGCGGCGGCGGUUCGUCCCUGGAUGUCCCGGCACGGUGUGUAUGGAAAAGUUUUCUCAUCUACUGCGCUGUCGAUGCCGGGCUGGUUGUGAGAGGCGGCUGGAAGGAGCAGAUGUGCGCGGGGUUUGAGGUACCGGAGGAAGUUUGAGUAAUUGCUUCUUAACUCGCUGGGAGAAAUGAAUUGCAGAAACUUACAAACGCGGCAGGCUGGCAGCAAAAUGCACUUUCUGUUCCUUUUUGCACUGGCGGUUGCGUCUCUCGAUAAGGCUGUGCUGGGCAAGAACCUGAAGUACCGGAUUUACGAGGAGCAGCAGGUCGGCUUGGUCAUUGCCAGGCUGGCGGAGGACGUGGCCGAUGUUCUAUUGAAAAUCCCCAACCCCGCCUCGGUCCGCUUCCGAGCCAUGCAGAGGGGGAACUCCCCGCUGCUCGUCGUCCGCGAGGAUAACGGGGAGAUCAGCAUCGGCGCUAAGAUCGACCGGGAGCAACUCUGCCAGAAGAACUUGAACUGCUCCAUCGAGUUCGACGUGAUCACCCUGCCCACCGACCAUCUGCAGCUCUUCCAUGUGGAAGUGGAGGUGCUGGACAUCAACGACAACUCCCCCCAGUUUGCCAGGGCUCUCAUCCCCAUCGAAAUAUCUGAGAGCGCGGCGGUGGGCACCCGCAUCCCCCUGGACAGUGCUUUUGACCCAGAUGUGGGGGACAACUCCCUGCACACUUACUCCCUUUCCGACAAUGAUUUUUUCAGCAUCGAGGUGAGGACGAGGACUGACGGUGCCAAGUAUGCAGAGCUUAUCGUGGUGAGGGAGCUGGACAGGGAGCUGAAGUCGAGUUACGAGCUCCAGCUCACCGCUUCCGAUAAGGGGGUGCCGCAGAAGUCUGGGUCGUCCCUCCUGAAAAUCAGCAUUUCUGACUCCAACGACAACAGCCCUGCUUUUGAGCAGCAGUCCUAUAUAAUUCAACUCCUGGAAAACUCCCCAGUUGGGACUUUGCUCAUAGACCUCAAUGCGACCGACCCAGAUGAGGGCGCUAAUGGGAAGGUCGUGUACUCCUUUAGCAGUCAUGUGUCUCCCAAAAUUAUGGAGACUUUCAGGAUAGAUUCGGAGAAAGGACAUCUGACCCUCCUGAAGCAAGUGGACUAUGAAAUUACCAAGUCCUAUGAAAUUGAUGCUCAGGCUCAAGACAUGGGACCAAAUUCUAUUCCAGCUCACUGCAAAAUUAUAAUUAAAAUUGUGGAUGUGAAUGAUAACAGACCCGAAAUUAGCUUAAAUUUGAUGUCCCCAGAAAAAGAAGAGACGGCUUACAUUUCUGAGGGGUCCCCCCUGGACACGUUUGUUGCCCUGGUCAGGGUGCAGGACAAGGACUCGGGUGUAAACGGAGAGGUAGUUUGCAAGCUCCAUGGUCAUGGCCACUUUAAACUGCAAAAGACUUACGAAAAUAACUAUUUAAUCUUGACUAAUGCCAGUCUAGAUAGAGAAAAGAGAUCUGAAUACAGCUUGACUGUAAUAGCAGAGGACAAGGGAACGCCAAGUCUCUCCACGGUAAAACACUUUACUGUCCAAAUCAGUGAUGAAAAUGACAACCCACCGCGCUUCCAGACAAACAGAUACGAAGUAGUUAUCUUAGAAAAUAACUCUCCGGGAGCGUACAUCACAUCCGUCACGGCCACAGACCCAGAUCUAGGGGACAAUGGGCAGGUUACCUACACUAUACUGGAGACCUCUGUUUUGGGAAGUUCUAUAACCACCUAUGUGACCAUUGAUCCCUCCAAUGGGGCAAUCUACGCCUUGAGAACUUUUGACCAUGAAGAGGUAAAUCAGAUUGUCUUUAUGGUACAAGCCAGGGAUGGAGGGAGCCAGCAACUUGUUAGUAACACCACAGUGGUACUAACCAUCAUUGAUGAAAAUGACAAUGCUCCUGUCAUCGUGGGCCCAGCACUGCACAACAGCACGGCGGAAAUCUCAAUCCCUAAAGAUGCUGGGAUUGGCUUUCUUGUCACGAGGAUAAGGGCUACAGAUAGAGACUCUGGUAUGAACUCUGAACUCAGCUGCUCCAUAGCAGCUGACAAGGAAAACAGCAUCUUUGUGAUGGAUCCCAAAACUUGUGACAUCUCCAUCAAUGUGAGUGUAGAAUCGGUUCCAGCUAAGCACUGGGAGUUUUAUGUCAUAGUCCAGGAUAAAGGCAGUCCUCAGCUUAGUACUAAAGCGCUUCUGAAGUGUACAGUUUUUGAGUAUGUUUAUUCAUUUUCAAGCACAGAAGCUACUUUGGUAAGCCAACCCUCUCUGGAUGUCUCGAUGAUAACAAUUAUAUCCUUAGGAUCAAUAUGUGCCGUUUUGCUGGUCAUCAUGGUUAUCUUUGCUACGAGGUGUAAUCGAGAGAAAAAGGACACCAGGUCCUACAACUGCCGUGUGGCAGAAUCGACCUACCAGCACCACCCGAAGAGGCCCUCCAGACAGAUCCACAAAGGGGACAUCACAUUGGUGCCAACAGUUAAUGGCACGCUACCCAUCCGAUCCCACCACAGAGCUUCCCCGUCCUCAUCCCCGACCCUGGAGAGAGGACAGAUGAGCAGCCGGCAGAGCCACCACAGCCACCAAUCGCUGAACAGCCUGGUGACAAUCUCCUCCAACCACGUGCCUGAGAACUUCUCACUGGAGCUCACCCAUGCAACUCCAGCUGUUGAGCAGGUUUCUCAACUUCUCUCAAUGCUUCACCAGGGCCAGUAUCAACCAAGGCCAAGUUUUCGAGGAAACAAAUAUUCCAGAAGCUAUAGAUAUGCCCUUCAAGAUAUGGAUAAAUUCAGCCUGAAAGACAGUGGCCGGGGUGAUAGCGAAGCUGGAGACAGCGAUUAUGAUUUGGGUAGAGAGUCUCCAAUUGACAGACUUCUUGGGGAAGGAUUCAGUGACCUUUUCCUUACAGAUGGGAGAAUUCCUGCAGCAAUGCGUCUGUGCACGGAGGAAUGCAGGGUUCUAGGCCACUCUGACCAGUGCUGGAUGCCACCGUUGCCAUCUCCCUCAUCCGAUUACAGGAGUAACAUGUUCAUCCCUGGGGAGGAGUUUCAGUCACAACAGCAGCAGCUGCAGCAACAGCAGCAGCAGGGCCUCGAGGAAGAUCCACAGCCUGCUGACACCAGUGAAAAGAAGAAGAGCUUUUCAACGUUUGGCAAAGACUGUCAGGGUGAGGAGGAAUCAGGAGACACUUGUACCUCCUCUCUUCUCUCUGAAAUGAGCAGCGUCUUCCAGCGCCUGCUGCCUCCCUCGCUAGAUGCCUACACAGAAUGCAAUGAGAUGGAUCGCUUGAAUUCAUUGGAGCGCAGGAAGGGACAUUUGCCUGCCAAGGCUGUGAAUUAUCCACAGGGAGUGGCUGCCUGGGCAGCCAGCACGCAUUUCCAAAAUCCAGCCAACAAUGGGCCAACUCUGGGGACUCACUCAAGUGCACAGCCUUCCUCUAAAUGGCUGCCAGCCAUGGAGGAAAUCCCGGAGAAUUAUGAAGAAGAUGAUUUUGACAAUGUACUCAAUCACCUCAGUGACGGUAAACAUGAACUCAUGGAUGCCAGUGAGCUGGUGGCAGAAAUUAACAAGCUGCUGCAAGAUGUCCGGCAGAACUAAAUGUUUCAAAAGCCUAUUUUUCCAUGUUUAUGGAAAACUGGAAAGAAAGAAAAUAAAUAGAACAAAAAACAGACUGAGGAGAACUGGCAUUGCCAAUGAGUUGCAUUUAUCAUAAAUGUGUCCGUGUAUGUUGAAUAUUAAAAUACUGUAUUUUCAUAUGUACACAAUGCAAGUGUGAUUAUCUGUAUUUUAAAAAUACAUUUGUACCUUAUAUUUAUGUGUAAUUUAACAAAUAAAUUUUAUUUUUCUACACCCACAGCAAGCAUGUUUUCCUAAAUGUAUAUAGAUGGUACCAUCCUUGUCAAAACACCCACCAUUCUUGCCACACAGGCAUGUAAAAUAACAAAAGAAGGGGAGUCACUGCUUUCCAUUAUUAUUUCUUUUAAGUCUCAAAUGUUACAAAACCAAAUCCAUAUCACUGAAACCUUAUCCAAGCAUUAGUUUUAAUAACUGAUCCAACACCUUGUUGCAAUGUUUCUUUCUUAUAAUAAAGAGUUGUCAACUCCCA